CUGGCUCAUACACCCUGCACAAAUACAGCUGACCAGCAGAGGUGGGCAGGCAACACAACUGCAAGAUGUCGUGCAAUGUUCUUUCGGUGAUGCUGAUCAAUGAUUCACACAGUAUACGAUCACAUCUGGACAAGAUCAGGGCCAGGCGGAUGUUCCCCGCCGGUCAGGUACGUGCGGGCCAUCUCUCGGCCAUUUCGGAGCCGGAGGCGGAAAGAUCAUCGGCGAUUGUUCCGCCACACUGGGGCUCGGGAAGAAAGGAGGCAGGGGGACCCGCCGACGCUCAUCCUCCGUCCUAUGGCUUCUACUCCCUCUUCUGGCGGGCUCGUGCUGCCUCAUCUUCAUGCAGGCACGCUACUUUUGCUGCACCACGCUUGCAUUGGCAAUCUUUUCCAUGAUUUCAGGGAGCCACAGCCGGCGAAAUUCGCAUGAAGCUCCUCGCAUUCCUCGGUCUCUUUGACACCGAAGCUGCCCGACGGAGUUUACCCGCCGUACCUCA